UUGCGGCCUGCGUCUCAAAGUCAAUUAGGCGCGCGCGCUGACUUUACACACGCACGGGCCACAAACAGCAUAAACGCAGUCGUGUGUCAGCGCAAGUCUCUUUCCGAAAUUGAGCAAAGUUUGGCCGUUCCGAAAAAGGGAGAGAAAGCAGUCAAAAAGUGCCAUUUGUGCCUUCGAAGACCUUCCUCCCCCCACUCUGAGAUAGAUACUUUUCUUAACCGCUUAAUUUGCUGCAUUGAUGCCUUUUGUGUGUUUCUUUCUGUUGGAGCUGGUGUAUGGCGGACCAAGCGAGGGUCGGAACUGGCGAGGAAUUUUGCUGUCCCUGCUGGUGAUCAGCGUGGUCAUCAUGGGCAUCAUCUUGGCCAUCUACACGCUGGGCUACGUGGACGAGCUGCUGUACUGGAGCGGUCGGCGGAUGAGCCUGUCCGAGGUGCUGGGCGACGACCUGCGGCCGCACCGGCUGCCCUCGGCCUGGCUCUCGGCGCACCACUUUGUCUUCCACGCCGACGACGGCUCGCUGGCGCUCUGGAGUGUGCACACCGGCGCGAUCACCACCCUCGUCACAAACCACACCAUGCGACAACUAGACGUGCAAGGCUACCACGUGUCUUCAGACAGAAAAUACGUGCUCUUUCGCCACAACGUCAAGCCGGUUUUCCAGCACACGUUCACCGCCUUCUACACCGUGUACGACGUCAUCAAUGACCACCACUUGCCGAUCCGGUUAAAACCGGGGGCCGCGACGCAUAGCCGGCUGCAGUUCGCCUCGUGGAUGGGCAACUCGACCUCGCUGCUGCUGGUGCACGACAAUGACCUGUACCUGCAACGCGCCCCCAUCCCUCCGCCGUCGCCAGCCAAGCCCCAGGUCCGUCUUACAUCCAACGGCGUGCCCGGCGAGUUUUACAACGGCGUACCUGACUGGCUCUACCAAGAGGAAGGGCUGCUGGGCGACAGCGAGAAGGCCGUUUGGAGCAGCGUCGACGGGUCCCGGCUGCUCUUUGCCACUUUCAACGAUUCGGCUGUGCGACUUUUGCAGGUGCCCUGGAUGGGACCCUCGCAGGGUGCGGCCGGUGCCACUGACGCACCCUUCCCGUCUUCCAAGACAGUCCAUUAUCCUACACCCGGCUCGAGCAACCCAGAGGUGCGACUGUUCGUGCUGGACCUGGAGGGCAACGAGACGACCAAGUGGGAGGUGGUGCCGCCGCUCGAGCUCAAUGACACCGAAUUCUACAUCACUGCGGCGGACUGGGUCGACGAUUCGAACGACUUUAUCACUGUCACCUGGAUGAAUCGGGCGCAGAACUUGAGCGUGGUCACCACUUGCCACCAGGACCAGAACUGGACUUGCCACGAGGUGCAUGUCGAGCGAGCUCUGGAGUCGUCGUGGGUGGAUGUGGAGCCGACGCCGGUGUUCUCGGCCGACGGCACUAGCGUGUUGCUGUUGUGUCCGGUGCAGGAGGGCGCCGCCGACUACUUCACGCACAUAAUUCACGUCAGCCUCGCUCCACCGCAAAGACUUGCCGUCAUUAGUCACGGCAGACAUGAGGUCGAGCGCAUCAUCGGCUGGCACGCCGCCUCACACUUAGUUUAUUACCUCGGCACUUCGGAGAGUGGUCCGGGUCAGCGUCAUCUGUAUGUGGCCCCGGACCCAGGCUUAUCAGCGGCCAGCAACAACCUCGGCAACAUGGAGGCCCGUCGGCUGGAGCCGCGUUGCCUGACAUGCCACCUGGACCAUUCCGACCGUCACUACGAGAACUGCACUUACUUCUCGGCCUCGCUCAGCCCCAACACGGGUUACGUGGUGCUCGAGUGCCAGGGCUUUGGCACCCCCAGGGCUGGACUCCACGAGCCCCUCAGCUCGCUCAAAGACAAGUUCAAACUUGUCAAAAUGCUGUACGAGGGCCACCAGCAGCGCGGCAGCAGCGGUCCCGGAGGAGCAGUGCCGGGAGGUGAUAUUGGAGCGAAACUCGCUCAACUGGCACUGCCCAGCGUCAAAACCUUUGAGGUGCCUCUACCCCAAAACUGCAGAGCAAAGGUGAAAAUUUUGCUUCCGCCGAGUUGGAGGGAAGAAUUGAGAGACGCAGCCUUCCCUGUUCUGGUUGAAGUAAACGGAAGGCCAGGCAGCCAGUCAGUUACAGAUGUGUUCAGUGUUGACUGGGGCACUUACAUGUCGAGCAAAAAUGACGUCGUUUACAUUAGAAUCGACGUUCGGGGCGCCGGAGGUCAGGGCAGAAGGGCCUCCAAGGCGUUAUAUCGCCACCUCGGUGGCGUUGAAGUACAAGAUCACAUCAUUGUUCUCAGGUAUUUACUGGAGACGCUUCCAUUCCUCGAUGAGACCAGGGUAGGCGUUUGGGGUUGGGGGUACGGUGGCUACGUCACCUCGAUGCUGCUCGGCACGCAGCAAAGUAUUUUUAAGUGCGGCAUUGCAGUUUCCCCAGUCACAGACUGGCUGCAUUACAAUUCUGCCUUCACUGAGAGGAUGCUUGGCUCGCCGACUGAAAACUUCAAGGGCUACGUCGAAGCCGACGCGACCCAGAGGGCCCGAUAUGUGCCCAAUCACGCUCUCUUCCUCAUCCACGGCCUUGCCGACCUGAGUGCGCCCUAUUCGCAUGGGGUGGCUCUGGCCAGGGCGCUCGCGGAGGCUGGAAUUCUAUUCAGAUACCACAGCUACGCCGACGAGGGUCACACGUUGGACGGCGUGAUCGAGCACGCGUACACGUCAAUGGAGGACUACCUGAGAGACUGCCUGAGCCUGGACGAUGACCCUGGCAGUUCGUAGGUGCGCUCUAGAUAGCCCGUCUUUCAGGAGAAAAUCUCUCACAAUUAUAUCACCGACUGCAGGUUUGAUUAUUCAGUACCAAUGGAGCUCAUCGUCAACGCUUUUUGCAUCAAUUUUUCAUAACAUUAAAAAAGCGGCUGCCCCAAGUUUUUUCACAAGUGGCAGCUUUUCAUUUACAGUUAUUUUUAUUAUUUACCAGAGGGAAUAAAACUGUUAUUGGGAAGGAGACAAAUUUAAUGCAUUUCCAACACAGACGGAUCGGCCUCGUUAAAAAAAUCAGAGCAGAAUUAUAUAGACUUGGGUGCGCGUGUAUAACGGAUGAAUAAAUAAUAUUCACAAAGUGCUAUUGACAUAAUUAUUAUGUACUUACAAUUCUAGUCUAGAGCUUCGUUACAUAGCUUGUUGAUAUUUUAUAAUUACAAGUUAUGGUGUAAAUUUUGAAAAAGAAAAUAAUACAUGAGCAUCUUCACCUGUUAAUAUCUAGUACCUUAAGUUAGCUCAAAAUGUAAUUAUUGUAUAGCCAUUUUACCUUCAGUUACAAUUAUGUACGAGUAGACGCAGCUAAAGUUAUUAAUUUAAUUAUUUAGAGUAUCUUAAAACAACUUUAAUCAAUUGAAUUAACCUUUUCAUAUUCUAUAUGCAACUGAUAAAAUGUGUUGCUCGUUCUUGUCAACAACAUUUAUUUACAGUUUUUAAUACAAAAGAAAAUGCGAUCCGUGUUUUUGUCUCAUCGUGUCUGUUGAUUUACUUUGUGAGCACAAUAGAAGACAAAAUGUAUCUUAAGAUUCAAGAUAUCUAAAUGUGAUCUCAGUUUGCAGUGGAAUGUAUAAGUGGAGCAGCAAACAAAGUAGGUUGUUACGUUGACGCGCAAAAUAUCAUUUGCAGUUGUUACGUUUUAUUCAGCACUAAAAUAUUUUGCAAAACAAAAAUCUAAAAGGAAAAACUUUAAGAAGAUGAUCAGAGUGAGAUUUUCUUCAGUGUAAUUAAAAUUAUUUAUAAAAAAAAACAACGAUAAGGACAAAGAGUUACAUUUAAAGCAGACAUACGCACACAAACAUGUAAAAACUAUGUGCUGUAAAUGUGUAAAUAAAAAUACUCGUCAUUAUCUAUACAGUCUUUCAUCGGUUGAUUUUAAUUUAAAUAUUAUGUGACAAGAGAACGACAAUUAGAAGUAUUAAAUAUUGUAUAGAGAAUUGCUAUAAAUGAUGAUUGUUUAAAUAAAGAGAGAUAUUUGAUGGCUUUUAAAAUGGAUUGUACUCUAUAAAUUGUUCUUGUUUUAUUUAUU